AGAGAGAGAGAGGGGACGCGACGAGAAACACUCAACGAGCGAAAAGGAGGGAAAGAGGAGGUGAAGAAAGAAGAGAGGAGACGAACAGGGGAGUAUCUGAAGUCGUGGUGGUGGUCUUACAGACUUUCGUUUGGUGGAUUUUGUGACAGCCAGUUUAUCUGAGGACCCCAUGCCUCUGUUCAAGAGGAAGCCGUUUCCUUUGGCAGAGGUGCCUCCAGAUUUGAAGCCUCAUGAGCUCGUUUUCCAAGUUCGCUUCACGAUGGAAAUAUUCAGGGAUUAUAAAGAAUACCUACGGCGGAUAAAUCUGUACCGGCAACGGUUCUGGACAUGUAAAGUUACUGGGAAGACAAAUUUGACUUACGAAGAAGCUUUGGUCUCUGAACACCGUGCCACUGAAAAGGCUCAACAAUUUCCAAAGGAGCUUAUAGUACCAGUGUUACAAAUGAUUCAAUUCAGCACCAUGAGGUUAAAAGAUCUUAUUUAUACAGUGUCUACAAGGGUACUAGAACAUUUUUUAGAAGGUGAAGAGGUAUAUUAUAGGAAGGAAGAUUCUGUUGUCCCAUGCAAAAUCCUGAAAGUUUUUGAGAAGACCAAAGAUGGUGGAGACAUGAGUUAUGAAGUGGGUUGGCUAGACAAACAUAAGAAAGUUACUGAUACCUCAACCGAGAAUGCUGAUAAGUUGGUGAGAAAGAAGCUCCCAUUUAGCAGACAAAUGCUGAAAACUUUUAUUAGAGAAUCAACAAUGCAAAGUUCUCCAUGGGUAGUCCACGAGACGUUAGCCCAAAAGUAUGGGCUUCCAACAGAAAUGCCUGAUGAGUUGAGAGACAAAAUAAAUGCUCAAAAAAGGAAAUGCAAUAAAAUUGCUGAUGGGAGGAAAAGGAGUCUGAUGGAAAAUGGAAACAUCAACAGGAAGAAAAGAAGUAAAACAGGAAAUGAGCAUGCUGAUGUGUUAGGGGAAGCACAAAAGGAGACAUAUGCAGGGAAACCAACUGCCCAAAAUACAAAUAUUGGUCGUAAGAAAAGAAUCAAAGCAGACAAGGAGUAUACUGAAGUGUCAGGAACAGCACAAAGGGAACCAAUUUCAGAAAAGAUGAAAAUUGAUUCUGUCAAUGGAGAAACAAAGCUCCAGUUAGAAGUUGUCAAAUACCCAAUUGACGAUCUUCUAGUCCAGCCAUGUCCUGGUGAUCCAGAAUUUAAGGAUCGCCCUGCUCCAUCAACAGAUUUUGCUGUAUCAAUGAACUGUGUAGGAAACCUUCUUAUGGUGUGGGACUUUUGCUCUUCAUUCAGCAGAAUGUUGCGCUUGUGGCCAUUCUCUCUGGAAGACUUUGAAAAUGCAGUUGCUCAUAAGGGAAGUAAUGUGAAUCUAAUCAUUGAAGCUCAUGCUGCAAUUCUUCGUUUGCUUCUUAAAGAUGAGGGAGAUUAUUAUAAUGCCACACGGGGGAAAAGAAGGAAACCACAGAUAACAUUUAUGAAUUGGACCGAAUAUUUAUGUGACUUUUUAGAAAUGGAAGAUGUACCGGAACUUUCCGGUCAUAUCUCAACCAUAAAACGGGGGCAUUAUGGACUUCUAGAUACCCAUGCUAAACUGGAUAUCUUCCAAGUAUUGGUUAGCUAUGCCCUUACAACAGACUUGGUUAGAGAACAGUUAGAAGAGUACAUUGAGCAAAGGCAAAUACUUUCAGCAACAAACAGGGAAGCAGCUGUAGAGGAAGCAAGAAAGAGAAGAAAACAGCAGCAAGUUCUCAAGGAGGCUGCAUCUGAUGCGAAAGGUAGAACAAAGGGUGAAGGUUUGGAUAAUGAUGUUGAAGGUAACGUGGGUGGUUCUGAGAUUGGCACUCAAGCUGAAGAUGUUUCCUCUAAGAGGAAGUUAACAUCAAAUGGCCAUCGAGUUUUGCCUAAUGGUGUGGCAAAACACACUUCCAGGAGAAAUGAGAUGAAGCAGACAAUGGAUGGAAAAGUCAAUGCGGUGAAACAAAAGAAAUCAACUGAAAUUAAUGGUGGCAGUGAGGAGAAACAGUUAAUUAAAAAAGGGCUGGAGGAAAAGAAACAAAGGCUAGAGAAUUUUGAAAAAGAGAUAGAAAAACAUUUUAUACGCACUAACCCACUAGGGAAGGAUCGUAACUACAGCAGAUACUGGUUUUUUCGAAGGGAAGGACGAGUUUUUGUUGAGAAUUCUGAUUUUGAGCGAUGGGGCUACUACAGCACCAAAGAAGAGAUUGAUCAAUUGAUCAGAUCCCUCAAUCCAAAGGGUGAAAGAGAGAGGGCCCUUCAAAGACAACUUCAGAAACACUAUGGCAGAAUAUGUGUGGCUUUGCAGAAAAGAUCAAAGGAGAUUGCUCAAAGGUUUAUUUUGGAAGGAGAAUUGCGAAGGUCAGCCCGUGUAAAAAGCCAACCUAAGGAAAGUCUGGGACCAGCCUACCUGAAAUACGUCAAUAAAUGGAAGGAGAGUUGAUGGUGUGGUGUGACUUCAUUGUCCCAGGCAACUUUCUCCAUGCACCCCUUAAGAUAUGGUGGAGGCAGUUAAACUGUUUAGGCAAGGUCAAUUAGUUGUCAUAUGCUUCCCCAGUUCGUCCUUUUUCUUCCCCAGCUAACAUUUGUUUUAUUUUUUUUCCCUAUUACCAUACCAAAAUUUCCUAGCGAUCUUUCCUAUUCAUUUAUAUUCUUGCAUAGAAACCAGUACCUGAUCCCAGAAGGGAACCUUUCCAUAUAAGGGACAUCCUUAACACCCUGACAGUAAAUCCUUUUAUGGCCUUCAUUAUCCCAUCACCGUUAAAGUUCCAACAUAUUUGGGUCCAGAGAUUGGCGGUAAUGCAGUGUGAGGUACAGCAUUGUACUUUUCAUGUAUCUCGAGAGGAGCUGUUAUUUUGGUAUCUGAUAGUAUUUCACUUUACGUUAUACAAAAAGCAUCAUUUGACAUGGCAAUACGUCUGGAAUAGCAUUAUAUGUUCGAGGAAGUGUUUUUAAAUUGUGCAUUCUAGUGUGUGUGGGCAUGCUGCAGCUAAUUUUAUUUUGCUUGAAGAGCUGCACAAGCUAUGUCACAGGGACUCUUGUGUCUAAGUGCACCACCCGGGCUGGCAUGGCUGGAAGGGUGCGGCUAUGGAUGUGGUUCUGAACACGAUCAAAGAAGGUUCAGGUGCAGUCAGCACAUGCCUAUUUCGGUACAAGUUUGGACUUCAUUAAAUUUUGACCAAACCUAGUUAUGUCCAUAAGUUGAAAAUAUAUUUUCUUCCUGAGGUUCUUUUGGUAUGCCUUGUUAGUUCUAAGCUUAACUUUCUAUCUUAUAUAUUGAAAUUUUACUAGUAUAAACAGCGGUUGCCACAAAAUGACCUGGCUCGGUAGGAAAUGCAAAUUUAUUGGGCCUUUUGCAUACUCAAAUAGGUUGGGUGGCCAUAGUCCCGGAGCCUCCCCAUGUGAUGGAAGAACCUCUUCCUCUUAUCUGUUGCAGGCAGAGGGUUUUGUUGUAGGACUUGUCUGUUGUUUCAAAUUAUUGUCUAAAAGAUGUGUUUGUAGUUGUGAAAUGUGAACGAGGGUUAUCUAAUUGUGCUAAUGUUAUUGAUUAGUAUAAUUAACAAUUUUAUAUGUACGAUUAUAUUGAC